UCUAAUUUCAAAAAUCUUCAAUGUUUUUCCCUUCUUCUAUUUCAAAUCUAAAUUUUCGAUUCUUCUUGAUUCAUCUUUUGUUUUAAUUUUUCUUCUUUAAAUACUUUUCUAAGCAGUUUAACAGUAUAGCACGACUGUUAAUUGUUUAAUCUCUUGCUAUUUUGAGAAUUUUAUUGUGAAUUUUUUCCUUUUGAUUGCUCUUGAAGUUUUCUGUUUUUUCCGAGAUUUCUCGUUUAAACUGGGGAAGUUGCAGGAGUAUUUCUAGGUUCUGCAAGAUUUGAAGCAAAAUUCGUUUCUAACGAUGGCUACGGAGGACCAAAUUGAAAGUACAGCAUCACCUACUGCUCUCAAAUCCGGUGUGUGCUGUUCCAUAGGCAGUGGACAAUCUGAGACAUUGACUCAAUUGCAGGAGUUAUACGGAUUUAAGCAUGAUCAUACACCCAAGAUCCGGAAACCCUAUACUAUAACUAAACAAAGGGAAAAAUGGACCGAGGAAGAGCAUCAGAAGUUUCUUGAAGCUUUAAGGCUGUAUGGCCGUGGCUGGCGGCAAAUAGAAGAGCAUGUAGGCACGAAAACUGCUGUUCAAAUUCGAAGUCAUGCUCAAAAGUUUUUCUCUAAGGUUGCCCGAGAGUCAAAUGGUGGCUUUGAGAGUUCCGCUAAAUCAAUUGAGAUACCCCCUCCUCGUCCAAAAAGGAAGCCAACGCAUCCAUAUCCCCGCAAAUCUGUUACGUCUCUUAAAGGAAUAUCUCCAUCAUCUCAACUAGAGAGGUCUCUAUCCCCCAACCACUCUGUCUCGGAACAGGAUAACAAAUCACCCUCAUCAGUUUUGUCCCCAUUUGUUUUCGAUGCAAUGGGGUCUUCUGCCUCUGAGCAACCGAAUAGAUGUUCUUCUCCAACUUCUUGUACUACUAAUAUACAGUCACUCAAUAAUACAUCCCCUGUUGAAAAGGAAAAUGACUAUGUGACAUCUAUGGAGAAAGAGACUGAAUCUUUAUCAUCUGUUAAAGUGUUUGGACAAUCAUCCGAGGAGGACAUUUUAUCUUUGAAAUCCAACACAGACUUUGAGGAACCUGUGCGUGCCAAAGGAAACGAAGCAGCAGUAGUUGUGCCUUUCACCAGUAUUAAGCUUUUUGGAAAAACAGUUGAGGUGAAAGAUUCCAGCAAACCAUCCACGGGUGCAGAAAACUUUCAAAUGCAAACAUCAAAGAAUGGUGUAGCCGGCGAGUGCUUGGACUUGCAUUUGUCACAUGGGACAGUCAUCGAUAAUUGGAGUACGGUACCUCCUAAAUCUAAUUUAUCCCCUUGUAUGGAAAUCCACACAGAUAAAAAUGAUCAUGUAGAAUACACCAGUGAUGCUCCUCUGCCAUGGUUAGCUUUUUACCAAGGUCUACCCUUUUAUUACAUCACUUCAUUUAAUCAAACCCAUACAGACCCCAGAGUCAAAGAGACACCGAAAGAGAAGGAAACCCUGAAUGAAAGAUCUUGCACCGGUUCAAAUACGGGCUCAGUUAGUCAAAUAGAAAAUAGGGAAAGGAAUUCGGAUUCUGUUGAUUCUCAAUGCCAAAACCCUUGUCCUCGGGGAAAAAUGACAUCCCAAAAGUUUAGUAAAGGAUUUGUGCCAUACAAAAGAUGUUUAACAGAAAGGGAUAUGUCAUCAUCCAUGGUUGUAUCCGAGGGUCGAGAGAGGGCACAAAAAGCCCGAGUUUGCUCGUAGUUGCCAGCACCCUUGUUUGGAUAAAACACAAUAGUAAGCAAAAGAGGAUCAAAAAUAAUCACUUCAGGUGCUUGGUUUACACACAUAUAUAUAUAGGCAAACUUUUUCAGUGAAUUAUAGGUAAUUUUUGCUGUUUGUAAUAUACCAUUUAUAUGUAUCAGCUACCUUCGGAUAUCCUGUGGCUCAAUGUGUUCAUAGCUCCAAAGGGUAAAGAGGGGUCCGUUUGUGUGUUAAAGGGUUAGGGGUCUAUCCUAGUUUUUACAUAUGUAUAUAUAUACACAUAUUAUGUAUGUGUAUAUGCAUGUUCUGGAUGCUAACUUGUUUUGCAACAACGUUUGUAAAUUAUCUCCCUUUUUUUGUUCGAACUGGAACAGGUGGUUACCUCCACUUUAACAUAAACGUUGACUGGUUGUAUCCUAUGUGCCAAUGUUAUUUCAUGACACAAGAAAUAAUCAGUUUGCAAAGAAAUAUUUUUGUCUGCCAUAGAAAAA